GUGGACGGCUAGAAUGGCGACUCAAUGCCGUAGCUCCAAAUGCACGGCAGAAAGAAAAGGAUUCCGGCGGGAACUCGAUUCCUGGCGACACAAAUUGAUUCACUGCGUCGGGUUUGAAAGCAUACUGGAAGGAAUCUAUGGACCAAGACUAUUACAAGAUCUCAACAUAUUUGAUGACUGUGAACCUGAGACGGUUGAUGACUGGUCCAUGGAUGCAGGCUGCUCCUUCUGCAAUCUGCCAAUUGAGAAAAUAAAUGACAACUCCCCGACUGUGGCCUCACCUCCGUCACCCCCUGCUGCCGAGACCCCCCCACCUCAGGUCCUGCCCACCUCCGAAAAACUCCAGUGCCAAGCCAACCGGUUCCUCCAUGCAGUCUUUCACAAAAAAGAGUUCCCUCCAGGCUGCGAUCACAUCAUCCCAUUGGCGGCUCAGGAGUUGAUGCAUAAAAUGAUCCGGCAGUUUGCCUUGGAGUACGCCUGCAAGAGCCAAAUGUCAGAGGGCCAAAACAGCGUCACCGCCAACCCCGAUUCAGCAUGUCUCCAGAACCAAGCCGACCCCGACGGGCCUCUGGACCUCACGGUCAGCCGGUCCAGCUCUGGCCCAGAACAAGCAGAUGGUGUGCUUGAUCUCUCAAAGAAAAAUUUCGAAAAGGUGCCGGCCCAUCAAAGAGUUUCAGGGAGACUGCUGAGGAAGGAUUGUGUGGUGCGCAGCUCUGACUUUGCGGAGGGUUUGCUCUCGAAAGCCUUGAAAGACAUUCGGUCGGGAUUGCUGGACAUUCACAAAGCAGCCAUUCUAUACGGGAUACCUCAGAAAACUUUACGACUUCAGACCGAAGCCUUAUCGCCCAAAGGGUGGGCGGCCGAGCUGAAGAACUCCGCCCGGCAGAACGGUUCCGGUUCGGACGGGUUUAGCCAGGUCACCGACGCGCGUCUUGUCCUGCAGAAGGUCGCCACCUGGGCCCAGUCGCAGUCGGAACGCCCCGAGCUGGGAAAACUCUUGAUCCCGUCCGGAGAGAACCUGGAGUUCUCCUCGUUUCUCCACAACCUCACGUUACAGCGGCUGGUCUCUCAGCAUCGCGACAAAAACGAAGCGCUGUUAUCCUCAGAGCCGUCCACCACGCCUCCUCCGCAAAGCCCCGCCUCGCCCGCGGUGCACAUCAGGAUCCCUCAGGUACGCCCAAGCACCACGUCCAAAACGACCGUGGAUCUCGCCGGCCUGGUCGAUACCGUCUACCAGGCCACCAAGACGUCGAUAGGCGUAGGCGGUGCCACGCAGCUACAGAAGCUGAAGACCAUCCUGCCCAAACAAGGGGCGAGCGACUGUCCCGCUCCCCGCCUGCUGCAGGCCGACCUUCCUCCGCUCUGCCUCAACCUGAAGCACGGAAGCGCGAGCGGGAGCCCGGACGACUGCGGGGACGAAGCAGACAGACGAGACAAACAGCCGAGGAAGAAGCGCGGCCGUUACCGACAGUACGACCACGACAUCCUGGAGGAGGCCAUCGGCAUGGUAAUGAACGGGAAAAUGAGCGUGUCCAAAGCGCAGGGGAUCUACGGCGUGCCCCACAGCACCCUAGAGUACAAGGUCAAAGAGCGGCUGGGUACGCUCAAGACGCCGCCCAAAAAGAAACCCCGUCAGUCAGAGGGGACGAUGACGGGCGCCGGCAAUUCAGGGACAACAACCAAUGCCUCAACCACCGCUUUCAAAAGGUUUUAACAAACAAACAAACAAAAAAAAAAAGACAGACUGGAGUUGUGACUUAUUUAAAAAAAAACAAAAAAA